AUGCGUCUAUCAAAGCCUCUCCUCUUCAACACCCUUCUCAUUCUCCUGACCGCCAUUGUCCCAGCCCUCUCUCUUUCUUUUCACCGCCAAUCCCGCGCUCUCCUUUGUAACAAUUCCCCAUCCCACUGCACAACGCGGUACUCUUCCGUCCCGCCCCAAAUCGGGUCCCACGACUCCCCCUUCAUCGGGCCUUUACCCUCCCAAAACCAAAACAUCGCUACUUCCGCCCAACUCGACCGCGGCGUCCGCAUGCUCCAAGCCCAGACCCAUCGCGCCCCAGACGACCCGAACGCGAUCCAGCUAUGCCAUACCGACUGCCUACUGGAGGAUGCAGGACGAUUACAGGAUUGGCUGGGGGAGAUCAAGACAUGGCUCGAAAGAGAAGGGAACGGGAACGAGGUGGUGACGUUGCUGUUGACAAAUGGUGAUGCGAUCUCGAUGCAGGCUUUCGGGGAAGCGUUCAAGCAGAGUGAGAUUGAGAAACACUGUUUCGUGCCCGGGGAGAAGGAGGCGGUGGUGGGCGAUCUGGAGAGUUGGCCCACCCUCAGCGAUAUGAUCGCGAGGGGAAAGCGGGUCGUUGUUUUCAUGGACUCCGGCGCCGAACCCCAAGAAGGGCCCCCCUACAUCCUCCCUGAAUUCCCCUAUUUUUUCGAAACCCCCUUCGGCGUCACCGACCCUGCUUUCCCCAGCUGCUCGAUCGACCGGCCCCCCAACACCCCCUCCGCCGACGGCCGCAUGUACAUCGUCAAUCACUUCCUGAAUGUCGAGGUUGCGCCCGGGAUCAAGAUCCCGGAUCGGCUGAGGGCCGGGAGAACGAAUUCGCGAGCAGAUGUGGCGGCGCAGGUGGAGCGGUGUAAGGCCGUGCAUGGGGGACGCGCCGCGAGUUUUGUCUUGUUGGAUUUCGUGGAUGUCGGGGAUUGGCAUCGCGAUGUCAAAGGGGAGGCGGGCAGUGAGGGAGGGUUUCUCGAAAAGGCCAAGGAGGCUGCUUGUGGACUUUUGGGCGGCUUUGGAUGGGGUUGCUGA